AUGGACAAACAAAUCACUGCUGGCCAACUUAAAGACAAGUCACUGCUCCAAAACAGCGAUGGCAGCAUGGGCCCUGCCAAGACCAUGCACCAUAACUGUUCAAAGCUAAAGAUAUUUCUUGGAGCUCUAGCUUUUUCCUUUUUUGCCAAAGGAUUUUCUGGAAGCUAUGUGAAGAGCAUGUCCAGUCAAAUUGAAAGGAGAUUUGAAGUCUCAUCAUCAGUUGUUGGCAUUAUUGAUGGCAGCUUUGAGCUAGGUAACUUAAUGGUGAUGCUCUUGGUGAGCUACCUUGGACCAAGAGUUCAUCGCCCAAAAGUGAUUGCUGUUGGAUGUCUCAUCAUGUCCUUGGGAUCAUUUUUGUCAGUGAUGCCUCAGUUCCUAAUGGGACGUUACCAUUAUGAAAGGAUAACUGUUACUGCGGACAACUCCUCUACGAGUAUAUCAGCUUGCUCCCCAGAGCUGUCUGAAGGCCACCCAGUCACAGUUGCCACAAAAGCACCCAGCUCCAUAAAAAAUUUUGGAUGUGAGAAAACAACCACUUCCUAUCUGUGGCUCUUUGUGUUGGUGGGGAACCUUCUCCGUGGAAUUGGGGAAGCACCAGUUAUGCCCCUGGGGGUUUCAUAUAUCGACGAUUUUUCUAAAGAAGAGAACUCAGCAUUUUACAUAGGACUGGUGAGAUCCUCGGGCAUGUUUGGCCCAACUCUGGGCUUCCUGCUUGGAUCUUUCUGUGCCAGCCUCUGGGUUGACAUUGGCGUUGUGGAUAUGGAUGCCAUCAGUAUAAGUCCCAGGGAUAGCCGUUGGGUUGGUGCCUGGUGGCUUGGAUUGCUUAUCUGUGGAGCAGUCAACUUCAUUGCAUCAUUACCUUUUUGGUUUUUACCUUACUCCCUAACAAAAGAAGGAGAGAAUGAAGACCUGAAGAUUAGCCAUUUGUCUGUUCAAGGAGAUCACUGUAAAACGGAUCCUCCAACUCAGCCACAGUUAAAGUUCUCAGAGGCAGUAAAAGAUUUCUUCCCAGCUCUGAAGAAGCUGUUUGGCAAUCCAGUUUUCUUAGCAUACAUCUUCCUCACCAUUCUGCAGUACAAUUCUCUUGUUGGAUUAAUAACCUACGAGACAAAGUUCAUGGAGCAGCAAUUUAAUAUAUCAGUGGCAAAAGCCAUCUUUCUAAUUGGUGUGGUACUUUUACCUGUCACAAUCCUGGGGAUGUUUCUAGGAGGCUUUCUAAUCAAGAAAUUCAAACUUCACAUCACUCAAAUGGCAAAGUUUGCCUGCAUCACUUUUAUAUUAGCAUAUUUGUUAAACCUCUUGUACUAUACGUGCAGUUGUGAGGUGCUCCAAGUGGCUGGCUUGACAACGCCCUACUCUGGGUUGAAGCAUCUUUCCUCCUCUAAAAACAGUUAUGUGGCUAGUUGCAAUGCUGACUGCAGCUGCAAAGUGGAUCAGUGGGACCCUGUAUGUGGGGAUAAUGGCAUCACUUACAUGACAGCCUGCUUUGCUGGGUGUAAAUCGUCGGUUGGGAUGGGAAAGAAUAUGGUGUUUCACAAUUGCAGCUGUGUGGAAGGACAAGGGCAUGGGCUUGGCAAUUCUUCUGCAGUUUUGGGACAAUGCCAAAGAGAAAGCUGUGCCAAAGCAUUUCCUUAUUUUUUAGCAUUACAGACUGCAUGUGCAUUUUUUUUCGCCUUAGGAGGCACUCCUACAUACAUGAUUAUGUUUAGAUCUGUUUCACCGGACCUGAAAUCCUUUGCUGUUGGGAUCGAGACAUUAGGUGGUAGAAUACUAGGAGGACUCCCAGCCCCUAUUUAUUUUGGUGCCUUGAUAGAUCUGACCUGCUUGAAAUGGGGGACAAAAUCCUGUGGGGGAUCUGGAUCCUGCCGGGUAUAUGACACAAAAGCAUUCAGAUAUGUUUAUCUUGGCCUCGUUGCAGGACUGCGGGCAGGAUGCUGUCUCUUAUACAUAGUGCUCUGUGUUUUAAUAACGAAACACUUCAAACCAGAUGGCAAAGAGAUGGCAGAUAUUAAAAGUAAGCAGAGAUCAACCAGCAAAGAACCUCCUACUGCCAAUAAAAAAGAAAUGCUUCCUGGUUCAAGAAUCUCAGUGGACAGUGAGGAAACUUUUAUGUAA